CCUGACCUGGCUAGAGUUAAUACGCCCUAGACACGUCACUACUUGCAUCUCGCAACAUCUUGAACCGACGUUUGGGACGCAACAGUUAUGAGUGAACCUGCAAUUGCAAGACUCGUUGGAGAAGGUGUAGAACGACCUGAAGCAUCACUUCCAUUAGACAUCAAUUAUGCAAAGCUAGCGGAAUGGCUGGUGACCCGUCAGAAGAUCCCGAAGGACUGGCAUAAGCGACUUCAGGUCAUACACGCAAAAGCAGCCGAGGCUCUUAAAGAGGUUCCGCCAGAGGUCCUUACUAGUCUCGCAGAUGGAUCGGACGCACCGCUGGACUAUUUACGGGCGGUUGAGAUUAGGGACAAGCUGUCGAGCACGGCAGAACGCACAAUGUUCGGCGGACUCUCGGGACCAGCGGCGACAUGGGAUAAGAUCGUGAAAGCAUAUGAGAAACAAUAUGUGUUCCUGGGCGAGUGCGCGAGCAUCUUAGUGCAGAACGUGGACUUUGAGAUCCCCUACCUGCGCAAGCAGGCCGCCAAACAAAACCAGCAGAUUGUGGACUGCGAUCGCAAGCACUCUGAAUGCCUCCGCAAUGCGGCGUUGUGUGCCGCGAAGUACAAAGAGGAGUGUAAGAAGCUGGGCGUCCAGGGUGUCUCAGUACGGCAGGAGCUUCGGGGGCUGGCUUCGGAGCUGCCGGGCAUGCUGCGGGGGGUAGUGGAGUCUCUACAUGACCCGCGGCUGCAGUCCGCCGCUGAAUACUACGCCGCCUUCACACGCUUCGCUCACGCGCCGCGGGGGCAACGCGGCGGCGGCGCCAGCGCCGCCGCCGAUUUAGGUCUGGAGCCAUCGGCGAUGCUGCCGACGCUGUUAGAAAUCCGGGCUCGCCAGACACAGCCUCCCGCAUCCUCAGAGGACACGGCGGGAGCAGCGGCGGCGGCGGCGUCAUCGGUCGUCGUGCAGGAAGCGACGGCAGGCCGCGGCGGCGGGAUCAUAGACUGGGACCUCGGGACUCAGGAGGCUGCCGAGCCGGGGCCCGGCGCGGUGGUGGACAUCGACUGGGACGUGGGGUUGGGUGGGGAAGAGGCUGGUGCCGCCGCCGACGGCGGCGGCGGUGGUGGCGGCGGUGGAGGAAUCAAUUGGGACAUAGACAUGCCCGAUGAAACCAGCGGCGCGGGCGGUGACACCGCAACAACGACGGCGCCCGCGGAGGCGGCGGCGCCGGCCACAACCAUUGACUGGGACAUUGCCUACCGAGCGCGGUUAAUGGAUGAUUUGUUGGAGCUGAGGGCCUUCCUAGCGCAGGUACGUUUGCGGGGGCGCCCUCGCAAGACGGAGCUAUCCGGCAGCGGCAACGAGCUCCUGGCGACUGCGCUGCCGGACGACGUGAGGGAGGUGGAUGCCGGCGCUGUGGCCGGCAUGCUGGCGGCCGUGCAGCAGUCGCUGGGGCAGCUCACCACACCGCGCUUUCGGCAGCUGCUGCUCAUCGCAACCUCCCAGAGGUACCUGGACAGACUGGAGGCAAGUUUGAAGCGCCAGGCAGGCACGGAGGCCAAGCUGCUGCGCGCCGCAGCGGACGUGGUUGCCCGCAAGCAGGAUGCGCGGUCUCAGCUUGUGGAACUGGCGCCGCGAUUGGCGACUCUGGUGGAGCGCACACGGCGGCUCAAGGCGCUUUCAGAACGCUCCAUCUCCGCGGCGCUGGGCGGCAAACGGACCGUCAACGUGCUAGGGGAGAUAAACAACGUCCUAGCGGCAGCGCAGUGAUGUGUGGGUGGAUUGAAAUGGGGACGGUAACUAGACGGGGUAGUAAACGCGAUUGGAUGGGUUGGCGCAGGGAGAGGCGUAGUGGUCCCGGUGUUUACAGCGGGUUAUAAGGAUUUGGGUCCAGCUGGUGAAGUUAGAGUGGUGGAGAGUAGAGGUCCUCCGAGAGCAGUGGAGACCUUCCUCCUCGUUCUCUGUCUAGGGAGGAAAGCCCUACCUGAGCGUCUCAUGGUCAAGUCGACGCCCUGGAAGGUCCUCUCCUCCCUUGGCUGGCCUGGCGCACGUGUGACCUUUCACCGUGACUCGUCGAACUGGAGGAUUCAUGCCUCCGAGUAGAAGGGGUCCUUGGUCGCUUUGGAUACGCCACUCCCGCCACAGUGGAGCAGGUCGCGACAGGCCACCCGCAUGUCCGGUGGCUUGUUGUCACAGCCAAGACAGCAGAGCAGCGGGAACACUGGAACCCGCGCCCCGUGUGUCAGCCACGCUCAUGUAGCGUCCAUGGCCCCCACGGCUUUUAUGGACACACCCCCACUUGUGUGCGGAACUUGUAACUUGUAGCGAAUG